GGUCCCUCACUGCUCACUCACUCCUCAACGGAACAUGGCGAGGAUCGCGGUCCUGGUGCUCGCGGCCCUGGUGGCCACCACGCUGGUGGCGGUCGUCGUCGGGGACGUCGCCGAGGUGGACACGUCCAAGCGGCAACUGCAGACCAAUCCCGGUCUUGAAGUCUACGACACCAAGCUCCAGCGCCACCACCGAACUACUCGGCACCGAGUCACUACGCGUCGACCCACGCACGCUCCGCGGACGUCGGAACCUUCUCCUCCGUCGUCCCCAGGACCCUUCUCUACCGAGAGGCCUGGACCAACGCACGUUCCUCAGUCAACUGAAGGCCCCUAUUCAACUGAGACACCCGCCUUCACCGACGGGCCCUCUUCGACCAGGAGGCCUCGGCCAACGUACGUUCCGCAGUCAACCGAAGGCCCCUACUCGACUGAAACGCCUGCGUUUACCGACGGGCCCUCGUCCACCAAGAGGCCACGACCAACGUAUGUACCUCUGUCAACUGAAGGACCCUUUUCGACUGAGACACCUGCCUUCACCGACGGGCCCUCUUCGACGAGGAGGCCGCGACCAACUGAAGGUCCCUAUUCAACUGAGACACCUGCCUUCACCGACGGACCCUCUUCGACUAGGAGGCCUCGGCCAACGUACGCUCCUCAGUCAACCGAAGGCCCCUACUCGACUGAAACGCCCGCCUUCACCGACGGGCCCUCGUCGUCCACCAGAAGGCCACGACCAACGUAUGUACCUCUAUCAACUGAGACACCCGCCUUCACCGACGGGCCCUCUUCGACCAGGAGGCCUCGGCCAACGUACGUCCUCAACCGAAGGCCCUACUCGACUGAAACGCCCGCCUUCACCGACGGGCCCUCGUCGUCCACCAGAAGGCCACGACCAACGGUUGGCUUCAGCGAGAUAGUGCUUCGAACCGCGAAGCUGUACCACACCACACGCGAGUCCGUCAAGUGGUCCAACGAGAAUCUUGAAAUCGCGGCGGUCCAGAUCACGGACCUCCUGCAGGACGGGAGCAACGCCCAGUUCGACUUGGUGCGCGGUGGAGAGGCCGCAGCCAGUGCGCUCCAAAUCGACUUCGAGAGCGUCCGCGGGGGACCCAUCGCCUACAGCGUCGCAGUGUGGGUACGCCCCAAGCCAACAGAGGAUGGAGUUCCCCCACCGCUUAAAAAGAUUUUCAUGUAG